AUGCUGACCGAAUUCGACGAAACAUGUGGAUGCAUCGGUCUUCAGCUGAAUCCACAAAAGACGAUGCUCAUGCGGAACGGAUGGAUCUCGGUUGCCCCAUUCACGCUCAACGGAACGAACAUAUCCGAAUGCACCAGCUACGUUUAUCUGGGUCGGGAACUGAACAUGAUGAACGACCUGACCCCCGAGCUGGGCAGGAGGAGACGAGCGGAUUGGGGAGCGUACAAGAGCAUCGAGGAUGUAGUGAAGAAGACCAGGAACACCCGGCUCCGUGCUUGCCUCUUCAACACCACCGUACUUCCUGCUUUGACCUAUGCUUCGGAGACCUGGGCAUUUCGCAAGCAGGAAGAAAACGCGGUGAGCGUCAUUGAACAAUUGAGAGAGUGA